AAGAAUUUUGUACCGAUACGGCUCGGGAGGGUGAUGUGUCGCCGCGGAUGUUUUCCUUUUUUUUACAAUUCAUAAAUAGUUAUUAGCCGUUUCGCAGUCUGUGUCCAUGUGUACAAGUUUGUUGCUUCUUAUUUGUUUUUUAGUGCAGUGAACAAUGUGAGUGACCGCGACAUAUUGCUCUACCAACGCACUGUUUUCGACGAAAAUCUUUACGUUGUAAUUAGCUUUUAUCGCACAAUCUUAUCAUAAUUUUUCUCUUCCGCUACAACUCCGACGUCCUAUAUCACGUAAUUGUUGCAGGUAGUAAGGCGAGAAAGGGAAAACGUUAGGUGGCUCGGCCGGCAUUGUGUUGUAGACAGAUCGCCGCGACCCGUCGUCGUGUGAACGUGUUCUCGGUGUUGUGACAGUGUUUUCGAUCUAUAAAAUUGUUUUGUGCGUAAUCGUCCGUAGUGCUUAAUAAGUGAUAAUCGUGUCAAAAAAAAAUUAAAUUAUUCCGUUCCUAAUACGCUCAAACGAAACGCUCUAUAAAAACAGUUCCUUUAAAAUGGCUAGUGACUUGAACAUUAAUAUACGUCCAUACAAUAAAUUGAUGUGCUUUUACAAGUGAAAAAGAGUUAGAUUAAAAAAAAAAUCGGGUGUUAUAUAUCCGCGAUGUGGAAUUGAUUUAAUCAUUAAUUAGUGUACAGCUCCAUCUAUCGUUGAGUGGCAAUGUUUGCUUAGAAUGGAGGCCGGUUUUAUACCGGUUGGUGCGGCGGGCGUUGGCGGUAACGUUCCGCCGCCUGCCGUCGUGGCGCCAGCGGUGAAUGUUAUACGCGCGCCCGGUUUGAAGCGCGGGAAAAUGGAAGAAGCUAUAUCGGACCGGAUUAAAUUGGAAACAGUGUUCGGUUUGACUGUCAGCAGUAACGCGGCGCUCGACUGUGAUCCGAACACGGAAGUCGUUGCCUAUCCCGCAGGAUGUACGGUGGUCCUUUACAAUGUACGAAAGAACCGUCAGUCGCACGUGUUGAACGCGUCCCGGAAGAGUGUCACGUGCGUCGCGUUCUCGCCCGACGGUCGGUAUCUGGCGACGGGCGAGUGUGGACACGCGCCCGCCGUGCGCGUUUGGGAUUUACAGGAUCCUACUGCAUCAGGUGCAGUUCAGAUCGCAGAGUUCCCGGGGCACACGCAUGGCGUCAACUGUGUGGCAUUCUCAACUUCAUCCAAGUAUUUAGUGUCGGUGGGAUCUCAGCAUGAUAUGAUCGUCAACGUUUGGGACUGGCGUGCCAAUCUGAAGCUUGCCAGUAAUAAGGUGUCAUCCCGAGUCAAAGCUGUCAGCUUCUCAGAGAGUGGCAACUACUUCGUGACGGUUGGAUUCAGACAUGUCAAAUUCUGGUAUCUGGAGUACUCGAGGAAUGCUAAGAUCAAAGAACCCGUGCCGCUCAUGGGCAGGUCGGCGAUCCUCGGCGAGCAGAAGGACAACGAGUUCUGCGACGUGGUGUGCGGGCGCGGCGAGGCGGCGGAGAGCACGUACGCCAUCACGCGCGGCGGCCUGCUCUGCGAGUUCAACAGCCGCCGCCUGCUCGACAAGUGGGUGGAGCUGCGGACGACUUCAGCUAACUGUAUGGCGAUCGGGAGCGAAUAUAUUUUCGUGGGUUGUGCGGAAGGUAUCGUGCGCUGCUUCGCUCCUGCCUCACUCCGAUACGUCACCACGCUGCCUCGAACCCACUACCUAGGCGUUGAUGUGUCACAGGGGCAAAAUAUUAGUCACAUGUUCAGUCAGCCGAACAGUGCUAGGUAUCCCGAUGCCAUAGCUUUGACUUACGACGAGAGGAACCAUAAGCUCACAUGCGUGUACAACGAUCACAGCUUGUACGUGUGGGACGUUAGAGAUAUCAAGCGGGUCGGCAAGUCCCACUCGGCGUUGUAUCACUCAGCCUGCAUCUGGGGCCUGGAUAUGGUGCCGGGCGGGCCCAUGGGAGCCGGUAGCUUCCUGUCGUGCUCCAGCGACGACACCGUGCGACUGUGGACGCUGCAGGGGAACUCCUCUACCGCCAGCAACAUAUACAGCAACGAACUCACCAAAGUGUUAUAUAUCGACCCCGAGCUCAAGUUUCUGAAGGACGUUGACUUGACGGCGACCAGCGAUAAGGAUAAAUCUAAAACUUACGAUGACAAGACGGGUGUCAGAUGCGUACGCGUGUCUCCGUGCGGGCGGCACGUGGCGGCGGGCGACCGCGCCGGCAACGUGUGGGUGUUCGAGAGCAGCGGCGCGGCGCUGCACACGCUGGAGGCGCACGACGCGGAAGUGCUGUGCGUGGAGUACUCGCAGCAGCCCCGCCUGCUGGCCUCCGCCUCGCGGGACCGCCUCGUGCACGUCUUCCUCGUCGACAGGGGAUACCAAAUUCUUCAAACCCUGGACGAGCACUCGUCGUCGAUAACGGCGGUACGAUUCCUGAGUUCGGGAAGCGGUUUACAGAUGGUGUCGUGUGGAGCUGAUAAAACUAUACUUUUUAGACAAUUGAGAACUAUGUCGGACGGCAGCUACCAGUUCGCGCGCGGACAGAACGUGUCGGGCCGCAGCACGCUGUACGACAUGGAGGUGGACGCGGGGGGGCGCCACGUGCUCACGGCGUGCCAGGAUCGUAACGUACGUGUGUACAGCGCGGCGCACGGACGGCACACUAAAACGUUCCGUGGUACCACCGCUGAAGAUGGUACCCUAAUCAAGGUUUCACUGGAUAGCAGUGGGAUAUACCUCGCCACAUCGAGUACGGACAAGAUACUGAGCGUGUACGACUACUACUCGGGCGAGUGUAUGGCUACCAUGUACGGACACUCGGAAAUCGUGACCGGAUUACGGUUUACGCCAGACUGUCAGCACCUGGUGUCGGCGUCGGGCGACGGCUGCGUGUUCGUGUGGCGCGUGCCGCACGACAUGGUGGUCACCAUGCGAGCGCGCCUCGCGCAGCAGGCCAUCCGUCGUGGGCGGAAAGUGGAUCCAGCCAACGGCAUGUCCGGCCUCGAGAGCGAGACGGACUCCCACCUUGGCUCACCGCCACGUGAGGUCGUAGCCGAAGAUAAGUUUACGACGCCUGUCGUACCCGAUUAUACGCUGCGCAUCGGCAAGCUGCCGUCGUGGGCCAAGAAGAGCCUGGGCGACGAGCUGUGCGGCGACAGCGCGCCGCGCCCGCCCGCCGCGCCCGCGCGGGGCAAGUGGGCCGCGCGCGUGCUGCCCGCCGAUAAACGCAUCGAUUCCGACGGCUCCAAGGACUCCUCGAUAGACAGCGGCACCGACACGAGGUACAACGACAAACGACGAGAGGCGGGCGGCAAGCAGAGGCCGAAAUCGCUCAACUUAUCUCAACUGCCGCGCGUCGAAGCACUCUUCAGAAAUUUUGACGCUACAAUGAAAGCUACCUACGAUAUAUUGACUAUAUCGCCGAGGGUCGAAAAGGUAACAUUAAAUUUAACGAAAAAUCGUACCGCCGACGCACGGACACGUCACCACACGGACGACUCGUCACUCGGCAGUUUUAAGUUUGAGGAUCAAGAGUCAACGGAGCACGACGGUGACAUCGAGGACAUAUCAGACGGCGAGAGGACGUCGUCUUCGGAGAGAGGGAAUAGGCCGACGUACUACCCAGGGAAUAAUGAUGAUGAUACACCGAGCGAGUUCCUGGUGAACGCGAUGGACGCGGGCGAGCUGCGGCAGUCGCUGCGCCGCGCGCGCCGCGCCGCGCCCUGCGCCUCGCUCAGCGGCAGCCCGCACGACUCCGACGACGAGGUUUCGACACCGUCCGGUGAUAACGCGGAUCGGAACCCGCUGUCCGGGUCGUGCGAGUCGCUCGAGCGAGCCGGCCGACAGAGCUACAUCCGAUCCGCCUUCGACAGCCUCAGCGGGAACCCCGAUCAGGACACCCCGCAAUCGGGCACGAUGUCGCUGUCGGCGCAGCACCUGUCGCGCGCGCCGGCGCCGCGGGACGCCGACGCGGCGCGGCGCCGCGACGAGCUGCAGCGCCGCAUCCGCGAGACGCGCCGCCAGCUCGAGAGCGUGGCGUUCCGGUCGAAUUUAAAAUCGAGUCAGUCGACGACCGAUUUGUCCUACAUACCGGAGAAGGAUGGCUCCCGACGAAAUAGACCUGUGUCUAUGGCCGUGCCGAGCAAUUCUCGACCUUAUGCGCGUAACCAUCUCUCACCUUCCGAGCCCGAAGAGACGGGAAUGAGACGUGCGAUAUCGCUGUCGGACCUCGCAGCCAAACCCGUUCCAGCGCCUAGAACACCACAAGCCGCAUCAAAACCGACGCAGCAAACGAAUGCGAACACGAACAAGUCGCCGAGCGGGUUCGUCCGGCCGGCGCCGCGGUACGGCAACAAGUCCAACAUGACGAGGAGCUCGAGCGUCGGCGUUUUGAAUAAUCAGAGCGACUCCGAGUCAGAUCCUCAGCCCCCCCGCCAGCAAACCAACCGCACUCAAGGACUGAUGCGACCGACCAUAUCGUCAGCGAACAAGGCAGCCGCCAACACAGCGAGACGCCGAGGCCUCGCGAACAAUUAUGGCGCAGAGGCUGUUUCAGCUCGCUCCGAGUCCAGCUCCGAGGCCGAGGACACGCAGCGCCCGCGGGCCGCCUCCGUGGACCGCGCGCCGCGCCGCAUCGGUGAGUUCGGUCGCAGCGGCAGCGAGCGCGACAUAUCGGCGAAGGCGCGCGAGGUGACGGCCAGACUCACCGCCAACACGAGGCCGCGCCCGAAGGACUCGCCGGGGGAUCCCAACUCAGUAUCGUCGUCCCAGCUGUGCUCGGCGCUGACGGAACAGCUGACGAGGACGGCCAGUAAAGUGGUACAGCUGUACAGAUCGCUGCAGCGCGAGCCGGACUGCGCCGCUGACAUAAGCGGUCUAGAAGCAGCGAUCCUCGAGACACAAAAAGUCCUUCGAAGUGCAGUAACUGUACAGAACGGUUCAGAAGGCGACUGCGCACUCGCCGUCGACUCUGCUCGACAGAGACUCGACCAUCUCGUGGCCAAAGAAUCGACAGCAGCCGGAAACCCGGCGAUGUCUCUCAUCGAGCAGUAUUCGGAUAUAUUGCUCAACAUGAUGCAGAGUAAAAUGGUCAACCAGUUCUCGCAGAGCCCUCAGAGUCUACCCCCCACUCCCCGGGAUCAAGACAGCUAGUGCACGUGAUUUGUGUGACCGCUUGUGUUAGUUUUGUGAAAACCGUGCAUAUUCGUAUGUGAUGUGCUAAGCGGUUAAUACUAUUAUAUGUGUUUUGAAACGAAACUGUUAACCAACAUUUUGAUUUUGUCGGUUAAUAAUCAUGGACGGUACGAGGGAUGUGUGUUUUUUUAAAUCGUUAAUGACAUUCCAUCUCGAGAACUUGGUGUUUUUAAUUGACGUUUAAGUGGAGUGUUGCCAGUUUCGAUAAUAACGUUCUUGUGUACUUCGAUACGCUUUUUUUUUAAUUGUAUAUUGAGAAACAGUCUCGUAACUAACUCGGUUUUUUUAAUCUGUUAUGAUGUGAUGUUAUUGGAAUUUAAAUUGUAAGUGAAAAAUUAUGGCUUUGAUUAAUAUUUUUUUUAUGUAACUUUGUUUUGAGGAAGGAUUAUUUGAUUUUUUUUUUUAUAUUCGAGGUAUAUUCCAAGAGUCAAAUUUAAAUAAGAUAUUAAUUGCUGUUUAUCGCGUAAUGAUGCGAAAUUAAUACUUGCUAAUUAAAAUUGUAAUCAAUAAAUUCAGUAUUACUGCAAAUAAUACAUAACAAAUUGUAUUUAUUAAUAAUUGUGGACGUAUAAAUUGUGAUCGUUACUCACGCAUGAAACCGACCUCAAAUUAAUUAUUGAACGGGUCGAGUAGCAUUUAUUUUCUUGCUUAAAAAUGCAUUCCAAAGUCAUGACGUAUGUUUGGGAUGUUACCAAAGUGAUAAAUUUUGAUGUUAAAAACAGUGAACUUACAUAAGAACACGACUAUUUUGUUUAUACAAACUUUAAGACUCAACUUUAUGGUCCUGUCUUGUUUGAAGUUUUCUUUAUCAUUACUGUGUGUCUAUCUGUUUGUUAAAUCGAAAAAAAAAAAAUGAGAGAACAUUCUUACUUCUU